AUGCCUUCCCCGAAAUCCACCCCCAAACCUACCUCCUGCCUUCCUGAAGACCCCUUCACUAACAUCACACAGACCCUCCCUCCUUUCAACUUCCUGAACCUCCCUCUCCUGCCCCGCCGCACCUUCAAAAUCAUCGCCGAACCUGACUCUCAGCCCUCCCUUCCGAGAACACCACCCUCACAACAAACCUCUCAAACUCCCCCUCGUUCGACUCCAUACUACAAAACCUCAAACCCUUCCUCCCCCAAGACCCCUUCGCCCUCCGCCCGCCGCGACCCCCAUUCAAAUGCCUCCAAGCGCACCCCCUCCUCAACAGCCUCCAAACGCUCCCUCGACACCGAAGGCGACGUCAAAAUGCGAAACGGGGCGUACACCUCCCCAGACCGCCGGUACCUCCAGUCCCUCCAAGCCGCCAACACCCUGCAGUCCCAGAUCCAGGCCGCCGUUCACGACAACUUCGAGUUCGAGCGCGCGCGCUUCGUCGAGGAUGUGCGGGGCGCGGUCCUGGAUAGUCUGGCGGACGAGGUCGCGGAGCGGGUUGACGUGGCGAUCGUCGCUGCUGCGGGUGAGCCUGAGGGCAGCGAGUUUGAUGCCGUGGUCGCUGUGAGGGAGAGGUUGAGGAAAAUGGGCGAGGAGGGGCUUGUGCGGGUGUUUUGUACGCAGGAGAUGUUGGGUGUUUUGAGGAAGGUGAUUGGGGUUGUCGAGGGGGAGCUGGGGGUGGGUGUUGCGGGGUGGACUUUGGUUGCGAGUGAUUCUUCGGAAUGA